AUGGAUACCGUCCUCAGAUGCUGUUUUGUGGGAUUACUAUUUGGACUCAGUGUACAACUCUGCGAUGGAAUUGGUUGUUUCACAUGCACAGUGGACUUCAGAUCUGAUCCUUUCUCAGUGAAUAACACCUGUCUCUUUCCAAAAGAUGGUAACGACCUGGGUCAUUGUAGCCACAACCAGAAAUUUUGCAAGGCGAUCAUAACCAGAAUAGGAGGUGUUUUUGUAAUGCUCCAAAGAAGUUGCUCAGAAGAUUGUGCUGAAGCUUGUAUUGAAAAAGGAUACGGAAUAAAAAUUCAAGACUGUUCAAAAUGUUGCACGAAAGAAAAUGACUGUGGGACAGCCAGUUUGAUGAGGAAGUGACCUUUAAAGGGACGUGGCAAUGCACUACUUGAAAACACGAAAGUAUUACUUAUCCUACUUCUAAUUAAAGCAGGAAUGGUUCAAAGACUUCAACUUUAGAACUUUUUUUACAUCUAAAUCUAUGUGGUAUCCAUGUAUCUCUACUAUAAAAGCGUCUUAAAUGCAUUGACAAUUCAGCUUAUGAGACAUAUGAAUUCACAUUUGCAUAUCGAGUUUCGAGGAAAGAAACGUUGGAGAAUGUGGGGCAAAUGGUAAUAUUUUUUUACUCUGUUUGCGGCGCCACAAAUGGAGCAAUAUUUUAACUAUGUUAUUAAUAGUCAGAAAAUAGUUGCUUCUGAAGAUCAAAUUACUUGAUACACAAUCCAUUUAUUUUUUAAAUUGAUGCUGUUAUUGUAACAUUUUGUGGAAAGUCAAAAAUAAUGUUAUUAUAGAAUGAUAAAGUUCCUGUU